AUGGAAGCCGCAGCGCCAGCACAGAUAACUACACUAGAGGGCAAACCUUUCCGAAAGGUGUCUAAUAGGCCUACUGGAGAAACGACUAUUUGGCUCAAUAGACCGCCGAGUGGAUCGACGGCUGAUUACUGCAUGUUCCUGGAGAUUUAUGAUUUAUUCGAGCACGAUGACAUGUCGGUUCGUCACCUUUGGCUGAGCAUACCCGCUGGACAAACUCAACACGCUAGGCGCGAUGACAUCCGUAUAUGGAACCUUCAAGAGGAAGACACAGAUAUUAGCUUCCGAAAUUGGAAUUUUAGAAGGAGUGUCUGGGCUUCUGAGCUGAAGUGUCCGCAUGAUUCGCGCGUCGUUAUCCGCUCUGCAUCACCGACCAGAAUUGAUUCGAAAAAAUCGAGAAUAUUCAAAAUCUGA